CUGGCCUGCGCCGCCCAGGCGGAAGGGAUUCCUGCCUACAUCGUGGUGCCCCGGACAGCACCACACUGUAAGAAAGCCGCCAUCCAUGCUUACGGUGCCACGCUGGUGCCGUGUGAGCCCAGCGAUGAGUCCAGAGCCAAGACAGCAGCUCGCGUGGUCGAGGAGACGGGAGGAGUCAUGGUGCACCCCAACCAGGAGCCAGCAGUGAUCGCGGGGCAAGGCACCAUCGCCCUGGAGGUGCUGGAGCAGGUGCCUGAGGUAAACGCCCUGGUGGUUCCCAUCGGGGGCGGAGGAAUGAUUGCUGGAAUAGCAGUUGCUGUCAAGGCUUUGAGACCAGAUGUGAAAGUGUUUGCUGCUGACCCUUGCAAUGCAGAUGACUGUUAUCAGUCCAAGCUGAGAGGGGAGCUCACCCCCAACCUGCACCCCCCAGAUACCAUCGCAGACGCGGUUAAGACCAGCAUCGGAGCAAACACAUGGCCCAUCAUUAGGGAUUUAGUUGAUGAUGUCCUGACAGUCUCCGAACAAGAAAUCAAGCAAGCAACGCGGCUGGUGUGGGAAAGGAUGAAGCUGCUCAUUGAGCCAACAGCAGGUGUGGGAGUUGCGGCCGUGCUCUCGGCGCAGUUCCGGGCAGUCUCCCAGGACGUACAGAAUGUUUGCAUCGUGCUGUGCGGGGGAAAUGUGGACCUGAGCUCCUUGACCUGGCUCACAGACCUCCCUGGGAAAGCGGAGUGAGAACAGAGCAGGGUCACAAGUGGCAGGAACCCAACGCUGAAUUUGUACAGCCUGGUUUGUGCGCUAUUAAACCAGAUGAACAGCCUCAAACGUUUGUGUUUUGGGGGAGGGAAAAGGGAAGCUGGUGUUGGUCUCUACAGCACA